UUGUCGUAAAAACCGGAAGUGUCUGGGUCUGCUGCCGUCCGCAGUUCCCCAACAAUGACACUAUUUGACACGUCGAAUCAAGUGUGACGCCUUGUGACCCGAAAUGUGAUCCGGCGGUGAGUGUCAAUACUACAUUUUGUGACGAAUAUGAAAGCGAGCACCGCCACGCUUUUUCGGGAGCUUUGCUACAAACUCCCAAGUACGUAGUGCAGCCAAGCUCUUGUAAGCCUGUCGCUUUGGAGGCCACUUGGAAACAUGCUAUUGGUCAGUGAGUUUUUAACUUGAUCAACUUGUUACGCUCAACUGAUUUGGACUCUGAGCACGUUCAAAGCAAACAAUGUGGCUACAGCAACGACUGAAGGGACUACCGGGCUUGUUGUCGAGCAGCUGGGCUAGAAGACUUCUCAUCGGACUGCUCGUCUUCCUCAUUUUCUACUGGUACCUCGGAACAGAGCGCAGGUGGAGGAUCUUCGGCGGCUCGGCUACGCUGGGCGGGGCGGCCGGACUGUGUCUUCAAGCAGAAAUCCACAGAUGGAAGUCUCUUGUGGACCGCGGGGAGGGUUUAUACAGUACAUCUCAGGAACAACUAGACACACCCUUUGUUUCAGGUAAUGGCCAUUUUCUCAUCGACACUGACUCUAACAAACUCUGGGUGGCAUCGUCUUCACAGCCUGGUUCGGCUCCGGUCCAUCAGACUGAAUAUUCCCCCAUCGUGGGCGUUCAUCUUGAGGGGAAGCAGGCUGAAGCCCGAGCAGCCAUGAUGUGGUUCCGCAAAGGGUCCGUGCUGUCAGUGCGAUGCGCUUCACCCGUGGCUGGGCAGUCUUCCCGGGACUGCGUCACCAUCAGAGAGGAGUUUAUUGCCCACAGGAGUCGACACAACGUCUACCUGCAGAGGAUCCACAUCAACAACCCUUCCGAUAAGUCGACCGCCUUUGAGAUCUCCUACAAGACUGUCAACUCCGGCGGGAAGUUCUCCACCAGCAUAGACAAAGUGGAGGACAGGGAGAUAGUGCUCUCGUCGGGCAGAGUCCCUUUAGAGAAGAACCGUAUGGUCCUGGUGGUUGUAGUCUCCAAAAAGAUCAACAGCCGGAUACAGGUUUUUCCUAAAUCCGAGUACACAGACAAUAUCCUGUCCGUCGUGAGGACUUCGGAGCCCAUCGAGCCAUCCAAACUGGAGGAGACGUUUACCAGCCUCCGGGAUGCAGCCAGAAACGAACUGGGAGAGCUGCUAAGGGUUAAUGUGGACGAUCUGGUUGUGGAUCACCAGCAGGCCUGGAUGGACCUCUUCAUUUCAGGCGUUGAGAUGAGAAAGAUCACGGACUCGCACACGCCGUCGAGCCGCACAGUGAACGCCACCCUCUACUACGUCCUCGCCUCGUCAAGGGCUCCCCUGUUGGAGCGGCGGCUGAGCGGCGAGGAGCGCGCCCGCCUGGAAUCCAGCCUCAACUACGCCGACCACUGCUUCAGCGGCCACGCCACCAUGCACGCCGAGAACCUGUGGCCCGAGAGGGUGAGCGGCACCGCUCAGAUCUUGCAGCUGGUCACGCUUUGGACCCUGACCCUGCAGAAGAGAGGCUGCAAGGUGCUGGUGGCGGCCGGCUCCCACGGAGCCAUGCAGGGCAUGGUGCUGAGCUUCGGGGGGCUUCAGUUCACCGAGAACCACCUCCAGUUCCAGGCUGACCCGGACGUGCUGCACAACAGCUAUGCCCUGAGGGGGAUCCACUACAACCAGGACCUCAUCAACCUGGCGGUACUGCUGGACGCGGAGGGGAAGCCUUUCCUCCACGUGUCCGUCAAGCCGCAGGAGAAGCCCGUCAAACUGUACGCGUGUGAGGCCGGCUGCCUCAACGAGCCCGUGGAGUUGACGUCGGAGGUCAAAGGUCACACCUUCCCCGUCAUGGUGACCCAGCCCAUCACGCCGCUCCUUUACAUCUCCACGGACCUGCGCCAUCUGCAGGACCUGCGCCACACGUUGCACCUCAAGGCCAUCGUGGACCACGAGGAGCACAUGGCCAACAGGUACCCGGGCCUGCCCUUCCUCUUCUGGUUCAGCGUGGCCUCGCUUAUCACCCUCUUUCACCUUUUCCUCUUCAAGCUCAUUUAUAACGAGUACUGUGGCCCUGGCGCCAAGUCCCUCUUCAGGAGCAAGGUAUAAUAUCAAAGAACUGCUAGAUAAAUGAUUGCAAACGGAGCUUUGAUUUAUUAUAAUUAUUAUUUUUUUUUAUACUGUGUGUCUGUGUGUGAGUGAGUGCGAGAGAGUUUGGUGGUGGCACAAAUUUUGAGGAGUUGAGUUUUAAUGCGGCACAAUUUCAUCACCAACAUGACUCUUUUCCCUAAUAUUUUGUUGGCAACGGUUGAGUUCACUUUAAAUGCACUUUGUAUAAAUUAUGGAUCGUGAAACGAUUGGCAGUAACGAGGGCUUACCACAACAGUAAAUGAAUGCUGCCACCAAAUGACCUCGAAAAGGCCCGCUCUGUUAUCGAGCAUUUGUGGUAUAAAAAUGGAACAGGAUCAUACCAGCUCAAGGUUCGGGAUAAGAAAUGUAAACGUUUUUCUCACAUCAGUUUCAAUCGUUUGCAUUUUAAGGCCCGAAAUAUUUUUUUUAUGGAGCGCAUUUAAAUAGGCCCGUCAUACAUUGUCUGUUCUCAAAAGGUAAAUUUUCCUUCUGUUGCGUGUGAUGUGUGUUCUGGAAGUUAUGGCAGGUGUACUUGAAGCACGCAUAAAUGAACAAAAUUGGCCGUUGCAUUCAGGAGACCAACAAAGCAGUGAGCCCAAUUUAUCUGGAAUGUACGUAUUAUGAAAUGCAAACACAAGAAAAUGUUUCUGAAUAUUUAAAGGGGAAAUCCAGUGCUCUGCAUGAACAGUGUACCCAAUAGGUCAUGUAAUAUGUACUCGAUUUUGACAAUGUGAUGUUAAAUCCUCGCUUUCAUUUAAUAGUGUUUUGAGAAGAUUUUUAUCGACAAUUACGAAUUUUCAGGGGUGCUGCCAUUUUCGCGAGCCACAUGAUCUACAUGGGCGUAUGCGACAUGUAUCGUGGCAUUUCAAACGCUGUCUUACAUGGGACACCAUUUUGCCCAGCACUGAUUUCUCAGAUUUGUCCUCAUCCGAUGAAGAAAGUAGUAUCGGUUGAUCGGGAAGACGGAGGAACACUUCCAUAUCCGUUUCCAUUCCAUUCCAUGUCCGUUAGCCCCGGACGCUGAAGCUAGGCUAAAGGCCUCCGGCACGACCAAAGCUCGGCUAAAGGCCACCGCCGCCUGAAAGCUCAUUUCGCGGCCCGCCGCCGGAGCUAUCACAUCAGACUCCGCGUCAUUCCCGUCCAAAGAACCAUCCAUGGCUGCCGGCCUGUAGCUCCCGGGGGCCUUUGUUUACGCACUUAUGUCACACGGAGGCCUCAGAGUAGUCAGACUCCGCGUCAUUCCACUCGAAGAACCAUCUGAAUAUUCAACAUUAAUUACAGCCACAGGUUGAAAUCUGUAUGGAUGUAUUCCUCCGUCUUCCCGAUCCACCGAUACGACUAUUUCUUCAUCAGAUAAAUCCCAGAAAUCAGCGCUCGGCAUAAUGGUGUCUGUCCCAUGUAAUCCAGCGUUUGGAACGGCACGGUACACGUCACGUAGAUCAUGUGACUUGGGAAAAUGGCAGCACCCCUGAAAAUUCGUAAUUCUCGAUAAAAUCUUUUCAAAACACUAUUAAUUAACAUCACAUUGUCAAAAGAGGGUACAUAUUACGUGACCUAUUGGGUACAUUGUUCAUGCAAAGCACUGGAUUUCCCCUUUAAAGAGCAAAACCCUUGAAUGUCAUUCUCAAACAUGUCUUGGGGACUUCACAUGAGUAUGUAUAAGUCAAAGCCAAAUGUAAUUCUUUUCUUAUCAGCAAGGUACUCGACUGACGACGCGACUGACUGACUUAAAAUUCGAAGAAGCCCGUUCAGUCAGAUAAGAUGACUCAGUUUUGUUAAAAAGUGGCGCAAAUUCAUAAAGGAUCCAUAUAAACAGUCUCUUUGAAUUGAUGUUCAAUCGAAGCGCUUUAAACUGCCGCUAGUGUCUGGGGAUCCGAUAAUCUGGAGUUGACACGGCGCCUCAAAUGAAAGCCAAGCGGUGCGUUAAUUUAACCUAAGGUGACGUCGCGCAUUGGCAGGCCAUUUCAGUGUCAUGGAAAAAAGUAUUAGCCGCCUUCUCAAAUUAUGUUUUUGCAUAGUUUCCCCAUUUUAAGAUAAUCAAAUGUAAAUAGACAAAUAAAACUCAAGCGAACUUAAAAUCUAGUUUUUGGUGAUUUCAUUUAUUAAGAGGAAAAAACUGAAUGUAUUUUCAUUUGUUUGAUCACGAUAAAAGUGCGUAAACAUUGCAAAAAUAUAAGGAUUUGAGAACGAGGCCGACACCUUCGCGCAGCACUGUAUCUUCACGUUUGUCAGUGUAAAAUUGUUCGGUGUGAACGCAUCCUCUCAGAAUUGGUGUGCACUUUCUGACACGGCCAUGUUUCUGGAUUUCUUCCUUUGCUGUGUUGAUGUUUUAUAAUGAAUCAUUCAAUUAAAUUAAGAAAUGAC